AUGGAUGCAGGUGAUUUGAUAGAAUCUAUCAGAGUGAUCAUGUUCACAGCUGGGAUCCUGGGAAACAACUGGCUGGCUAUAACGUCUCUUCCAAAGAAGAAAUCUGAAAUCCGUACAAAUGAGAUCCUGUUGAUCAACCUUGCCGUCUCCAACCUCAUCACCAACUACCUGGUGGAUGCACCUGACACCAUAGCUGACUUUGUUGGCCAAUGGUUCAUGGGGAUAACGUUUUGUGGUAUUUUUCGCUUUUGUGCAGACCUCUCAGAAACCAGCAGCCUCUUCACAACCUUCUUCAUCUGCGCCUACUGGCAUCAGAAACUGGUCGGUUCUCUUAAGCGUGGAAAUGCACCGGUGCAGCUGGACAACCUGCGCCUGGUUGGGUGUCUGCUGGCUGGGAGCUGGACACUCUCCAGCGUCUUAAGCUUUCCUCAUUUCUUCUUCGUCUCGUUGGAGGGAACUAAUGAGAGCCAUGAAGACUGCAUCGAUUUCUUCCCUGAUGCACUUUCCAGGCAAAUAUAUGAGAUCUGUUUUUUAACUCUGGCUAAUGUUUUGCCUGUUGCAGGGAUCAUGGUUGCAUGUGUCCAGAUUAUUGCAACUCUGCUCCAAAGCCAGAAGCGUAUUCAGAGCCAUUCUUCCAAUCCAGCCAAGAUGACAGUUAAAGAGAAUCCAGAAAGAUCAACUCCAUACAGUUCUCCUUUAGCCAACAAAAUAGCAGAAGUUCAGCCAAACCUCUCAAGGCCCAGCCAGGUACCCUCUAAGAGGAGUCCCAACUCACACUCUCAUGCCAGGGCAGCAAUGAGCGUAGUGGCUGUGGCCACUGUGGUCCUAAUCUGUUGGGCGACUCAUCUACUUCUACGCAUCACCAACUACAUCCAGACGUCGCCACUGAUGGUGGAGCUGGCCAGUCACAUUGCAGCUUCCUACACUUGCAUCAUCCCUCAUAUAUUUCUACAUGGAGCUAAAAGGCAUCGCUGCCCAUGUAAAUUAUAG